GCUUAGGUACAAAAUGGGGCCCACCAGAAAAUGAGUAUUAUACAGAAAAUCAUAUCCCAAGUGGUUCUCAUUUCCUCUAUAAAUUCCCCCUUCCUCAUCUCAUUCAUUUCACUACUAACGUUUCUUUGAAUUGUGCUGUGUUGUGUUGCAAACAAAGAGGAGAAAAAUAUGAGUUACUUGAACCGUGUUUGGAUGGCGGCGACGGUGGCGGUGGCGCAGGGCCACACCGAUCCCGGCCACAAGUGCAAGACGGCGCUCACCUCCAUCCACCACAACCGGAGCCGCCUCUUCUCCGGCGGAUCCCUGUCAGAUCUCCGGCCUCUUUCCGGCGUCGUGGGAUCUGACGUGGCCGGCUCGGUGGCGGGGAGCUCCGACGUGGAGAAUAGGGUGAGGCAAGCCGACGACUCUCUGAGGAAAGUGAUGUACUUGAGCUGCUGGGGUCAGGGCUGAACCACACGUGGCGUUAUGAACGGUGGAGAUUGAAGUGGUGGCCGGAGAAAGUGACCCGGGUCGGGUUCGGAUCUGAGUUGACCUGACCGAGUCAGAUCGGAUGACUCGGUUGGAGAGAAAAACUUGGAAUGUUCUGAUCUUGUAAAUAGGUUAUGUGUGGAUGUAUGUGUACAGAGGAUAAAAAUAGUUUUUCCCACUCCCGAGUGGAUGGAGAUGAUGAGAUCUGAAAUUAAUAAGAAUACCUAAAAUUAUACAAACUCA